CAGCUGAGGCAGAGAUGCUGUAAUGGUGUGCUUGGAUUUAGACUUCCUUAGAGAGGAUUUUGUUUUCACCUGAUCAGCGGUCCUUCACUGUUUGAAUACAUUCUGAUCUGCCCUCCCACCCUUCUGCCCCUCUUUUUUUUUUCUUUAUUUUUUUUUUUUUUUACUGAACAUUGUAAGCUGCUCAGUCACUGAGCAGUGAUUUCAAACGGAGACACAGAGUGCGAGGCUGGAUUUGGAGUAGUUGCGUCCUACAGACUUCAUUCUGUCACGCUCUUUAGAGGGUCCUCAGACUUUCUACCUCUGGGAGUUUGCAGUACCUGAUUUAGCCAGAGGAGAGUUUAAUUAGAGGAUCUGCGCUUGGGACAGCCGGCCAAAAGCCAGGAUGCAGGUGUCAUUAGUGUGCACGGACCACCGUGGGGGGGUGAGCCGCACCACGGAGGACCGGCUAAAUCGACAGAAUGCCAACAGCCCCAGCACAGGCACCCGCAGCAAGUUCAGAGCGGUGGCGAUGGUGGCUCGCAGUCUUGGACAACUCUCUGUUCAGAGUGUGCCUUCCUCCAGCGAGCAAAGCAUGAGGACUGGCAUGAAGUAUAGAAACCUUGGGAAGUCGGGACUGCGGGUGUCCUGCCUCGGAUUAGGAACAUGGGUGACCUUCGGUGGGCAGAUAACGGAUGAGAUGGCAGAGCAGCUGAUGACUCUGGCCUACGAAAAUGGCAUCAAUCUGUUUGACACAGCGGAGGUCUACGCUGCUGGGAAGGCAGAGGUGGUGCUCGGAAACAUCAUAAAGAAGAAAGGAUGGAGACGUUCGAGUCUGGUGAUAACAACAAAGAUCUUCUGGGGUGGAAAAGCGGAAACUGAAAGAGGUUUAUCCCGAAAACAUAUUAUAGAAGGUUUAAAGGCCUCUCUAGAAAGACUGCAGUUAGACUAUGUGGAUGUGGUUUUUGCGAACAGACCGGACCCUAACACACCUAUGGAAGAAACAGUUCGAGCAAUGACCCAUGUGAUAAACCAAGGCAUGGCAAUGUACUGGGGAACAUCCCGCUGGAGCCCAAUGGAGAUAAUGGAGGCAUACUCUGUGGCGCGACAGUUCAACCAGAUUCCCCCCAUCUGUGAGCAGGCUGAGUACCACAUGUUCCAGAGAGAGAAGGUGGAGGUGCAGUUGCCUGAGCUCUUCCAUAAGAUCGGUGUGGGGGCCAUGACGUGGUCACCACUGGCCUGCGGGAUCAUCUCAGGGAAAUAUGACGGCAGGGUGCCUCCCUACUCUCGGGCCUCUCUGAAGGGUUACCAGUGGUUGAAGGACAAGAUCUUGAGCGAGGAGGGCCGGCGUCAGCAGGCGAAGUUGAAAGAGCUGCAGGCAAUCGCGGAGCGGCUGGGCUGCACUCUGCCCCAACUCGCCAUCGCGUGGUGUCUACGGAACGAGGGGGUGAGCUCUGUCCUUUUAGGGGCGUCCAACACCGACCAGCUGAUGGAGAACAUAGGAGCAAUACAGGUUCUUCCAAAGUUGUCGUCGUCCAUCACACACGAGGUGGACAGCAUCCUGGGGAACAAGCCGUACAGUAAAAAGGACUACCGCUCCUAACGCGCAGCAUGGCCCCCGCCCGGCAGGCCUGCAGCCGCAGCGCCCCACCUUUGCCUGAUCCUCUGUUUGCUUGAGCUUUUACUGAGUGAGACCCUGGCGCAUGAGUCUGGCCACACCAAGGCUACCCAGGGCAACUCAUUUAGAGUCACGGGUAUAAGAUUAAGAAAAGGGGGGGGGGGGAUAGUCACCUCCACAGGAAAGGAAGGGAUUUGACAAGGAAAGACAAUAAGUGGAAGAGACGUUAGGGAUAUGCGCUCAUACUUAAUCAGUUAUACAUUCAAUUCAGCUCAACGUAUUUUAAAACCGUAGAGAAAAAAUCUUUUAAAAAAAAUAAGCACACGCUUGCUUGGCAGCCAGAGUUUUUUUUUUUUUUAGCUCUUUUUUUUUUUUGUUCUUUCUAAAACUGAACGCAACUAAAAAGAAGAUGAAGUUCUAACUGUAUGAAUAUACGAGAACUACUCUGUUGCACAUGUACCAUAGCCAUGCAUUUGUUCUUUGGACCUUCUGUUUACAAACACCAGUGUACUGUACGAGUCCAUCAAGGUUUCUCUAAAAAACUGUUUGUUUGUGUUGUCAACAUUAUCGGUGUACGAGCCUCCUCGGGGAGGGGGGCUUUAUCAGCACUUUAGUAUUGUCAGUAUAGAUGUUGGAGGGGAGAGGGUGGGUAUUACAAUAGUCUUAUCUCAGCCAUUGCACUAUAGAAUCACAUCGCCUCCUGAUAAUUCCCUCUCCUCAUCCUCCCUCUGCGUUUUCACUGGCAGUACGUUUGUCCAGCCUGACGCUCCGACACAAGCGUGGCAAGCCCGAGGAUUGGGGAGGGGAGGGGAACAAACGCCCCCUCUACCGUCCUGACCAGUGAACCGUCCGUGACAACCAGCCAGGAGCGCAGGUCGCAUGCGUCAGGGCAUCUCAUCUGCCGCUGACGAGGUUAGCUGUUCAUCCGUCCCUGCUUCACUGUGUUACCCGGCCUUUGUUCUGUUUUUCAGGCUGAGGAUUUACUGGACAGGAAGUGGUCGUGUCAGUGCUGGCUCCACAUCUCAUGGAUACUUGUCCUUGAUCAAAUUUUGUUCAAGCAUUUUGCCUUAUUUACAGUUGCACCAGACUGUGCUGCGGGCGCUGGCGUAGACGAGCAGCUCGACAGCUGCCCCUCUGGCCCGACUUGUCUCAUGUCCCCAGUAUCUACGGGAAAGCUGACUGGUGGGAGUGCUGUUUGUUUGCGAAGGGAGAGGUGGCGCGUGUCCAGUUCAUCAGUGAGUGGCAGAAGCUCAGGGAACACAGCAGGUGGUUUUAGUCGUGCGUUGGCGUGCUCAUGGUCAGGAGGUUGUAUUUACUCGUCUGUCUUUCUUUCAUGUGUGGACACUGGAGAGGACCAGUGACAUUUUAGUGUGGCUUGAGCCAAAGAUCUUCUUCUUCAUCUCUUUGAUCACACACCCCGCGCGUUUCACUCUCACUUCCUGCAAGAUUAUAGAACUCAUUUUGACGCAUGUGCUGUCUAGCUUGUUAACUAUCUAUGGUACGGAUUUUACUUCAUAAAUAUCUUUACUUGACAAUGCUGUUAUACUAGCUAACAAAUACGUCCUUCAUAUACAGAAUGCAUAGCAAAGCUACUUGCUUUAGGAUCGGUAAGGUUUGUUUCAGGCGACGUACGACCUGAGGCGUGUCAGAAGUGUUAUUGCAAAAAAAAUUGACGCCAACCUAUAUCAUUCUUUCUCCUUUGGGUGCUCUCUUACUGUGAUUAAAGCACAAGUGGGAUAGCGUGCGACACAUCCUCAAAGCAUGGGCCCUCUUCACCCAGCGUACAGUACCUGCGUGACAAGCAAGGUGACGCGACGCCGCUUACUAGCACGUGUGGAUAACUAAUCUUUAUUAACAGCUGAUAAACUAUUGAUUCUUAGCAGAAAAGGUACAGAUUAAGGAAAACUGUCACAUCCACGGGAAUGGCGACGUGAAUGAGAAGGAGGGGAUAGUCAAAGUGAACGUCACUGUGAGGGAUUUGUGCAGAUGAGGUUUAACAGUCUGCUUCGUUACUCCUAGGUGAUUUAUUUAAAAACAGCUAAAUGAUUUAAUGUCUCAGCUGUUGAUCCUGUUUUUGUGUGUGUGGUUGUGUGUAUAUAUAUCUAUAUAUCUAUAUAAGGAGAGGGAGGGCGGCAACAAAACUAAUCCUGUGCUUUAGCCUGUUGUAUAAGUUGACCCGUGUACACGUUUGAUUUGCUGUGUCUGAGUGAAUAAAUCUGAUGCAAGCCGAUCUUAACAUCAGUUAAUAUAAUUUGUGGAGUUCCUUGUCUUAAUACUUACAUGUGCAGGGAGUUAAAGGACAAAUUCAACAGUUUGGAAAAUGCAUUUACUUUCUUGCCAAGAGCUAAAAAGAUUGAUACCACACUCAAAUAAAUAUGAAGCUAACAUUACCGCCAGAAGCCGACAAACCUAGCAUACAGACUGGAAACGGGGAGGAAACUGCUGGUCUUACUGUAGUAAUAUAAUGCACCUACCAGCUCCUCUAAAGCUCCCUAAUUAACAGGUUAUCUUGUUUGUUUAAUUCGUACAGAUACUUAAGUUACUGGUCCUGGCCAAGAAAUAGGUUGGUUUCCCCGUACUUAACUGAACCCAAACUUAACACCCUGCCAUGCUUAACCUCAACCCAGCCAGUUGUCUCUGCUAACCAUUACCUAACCUAAGCCCUAAAAAAGGAGACCCACUGGCAGCAAACAAAUAACAGUUUGCUGGCAAAUGCAACGUUCUGUGGGUCUUCACUGUAACUCCAACCCCAGAGGGCAGCAGUGCGGGAAACACUGUCCAAGGGGUGCGACAGACUUUGACACAAUACUUGUUCAUAACCCCCCCCCCCCCCCCCCCCCCCCAAAAAAUGUUUUUACGCUUUGUGCUUUAAAGGUGCUGGUAGGCAGACCUUUGUACAGAGCCCUGCUAGCUGUGUCCAGUUGUUAUGCUAAGUUAGCCAGCUGCUUUAAGUGUGCAGACUCUCUGCAAGAGAGCGACCAAGUGUGUUUCCCCAAAUUAACUUUAAAUGUUAUCGCUUUUGCGUUUUGUUUGACCGUCAGUUUCUGCACAUAGUUGAAAUAACUCAAAUGUUUUAAAGCUGAAGGGUCGUUACCCGGUGCCCUCGCCUGUGUAGGAGAAAGUCGUGCUUUAAGUGGUCCUAGUUUCAUCAUGUUUGCUGUUCUAACAUUUAAAUGUUUAACUGAAAGUUCAGAAAUGAAACCAGAGCCACACACACAUGGACAGAGCUUAUUUUACAGAAGGUACUAGGUUAUACAGAGAAUAUAUUUUUUAUGUUUUAGCCUUUAAUGCACUAGAGAGAGUUAAAAGAACUGUUAUUUUUUUCAUCAUGCUGCAUUUUUCCUAUUAGUAUUGUAUCAAUUUGAAGACUGACAAAAAGAACGACAUUUUCUUGUGUAUGCAUUAUGAGGAAUGCUCUGAAGUGACGAGGUGAGAGCCUGGUAUCUCCUGUAUAUAGUUUGACCUUUGUAUAUAUUUCUAGUUGUGAUCACCUCUGCCUUUUCUCUUUUCUUUUUUAAUUUUCUUUUGCAGGCAUUGCUAUCUGCACUGUGCUUGAAUCUGAAUUUAGACAGGAUGUACAGCUUCAAUGAAAUAAUGAUAAAUUAAGAAUGGUUAAACCCU